AUGGAAUUAAUUAACAUUAUUAUUUGGUUAUGUAAUGAAAUUCAAACAAUUUAUUAUAUGAUAUUAUCACCUAUACGGGGUAUUACACAUAAAGAAAGAUUAGAAAGUUUCUAUGCUGGUCAAGCUAAAAAUUAUGAUUCAUAUAGAAAAAAAUUACUUGCUUGUAGAGAAACAUUAUUAGAUAAAUUACCAUGUGGUGGAAUUUGGGUUGAUAUGGGUUGUGGUACAGGUUAUAACGUUGAAUAUAUGGCAAAAUUGGGUAGAUUAAAAUAUUUUACAAAAGUUUAUCUAGUAGAUCUAAGUCCAUCGUUAUUAAAAAUUGCAGUACAACGAAUUAAAGAAAAUGGAUGGACAAAUGUUGAAAUAAUAGAAACAGAUGCAACUAAUUGGCAGCCUAAAGAACAGAAAAUUGAUCUAAUUACUUUUUCUUAUUCUUUAACUAUGAUUCCUGAUUGGUUUUUGGCAAUUGAUAAUGCAAAAAAAAUCCUUAAAAUUGAUGGUCAUAUUGGAGUUACUGAUUUUUAUGUUUCAAGAAAAUAUCCUGAACAUGGAUUCGCAUUGCAUUCCUGGUUUUGCCUAUAUUCGCAAAAAAUUGUUUUUAAUUGUACUUGGGAAGAUCCACUUGUAGAUAUUGAAGCUCUUAAAUUAAGUGAAAAAGAUAAUUUAGUAGCAAUUACAUCAGCUGGAUGUAAUAUUUUAACUUAUGUACUUCAAAAACCUAACCAUAUUUAUGCGAUUGAUAAAAAUCCAUGUCAAAAUGCUAUUCUUGAACUUAAAAUAGCUUGUAUUAAAGAAUUAGAUUUUGCAACAAACUGGGAAAUUUGGGGACAUGGUAAACUUCGAAAUUUUUCUCAAAAUGUUUAUCCACGUUUAAGAGUACAUCUUUCACAAGAAGCAAGAAUCUUUUGGGAUUCUCAUAAACAUUAUUUUGAUGGAACAAACAUCCGAAACAGUUUUUAUUGGCGAGGAUGCUCUGGUCUAUUCGCUUAUAUAAUAUCUUGGUACAUAUGGUUGAUGGAUCUUUCAAAACAUAUAGAUAGUAUAUUUAAUGCUGAGACUAUUGAAGAACAGAAAAUGAUUUAUGAAACAUAUAUUAAAAGAAAGUUCUGGACUCCUAUUCUUAUAAAAUUUUUACGUUCUCCAUUUAUUCUUUCAUUUUUAAAUGGAAUACCCUCUACACAGCAAAAAUUAAUGGAUAAAUCAGUUACAACUAUUCCAAUGAAUGCAAUAGACACCGUUUUUUCUAAAUUAUCAUUGAAAAAUAAUUAUUUUUAUCGUGUUUAUUUAUAUGGUAAAUAUACGAAAGAAUGUUGUCCAGAAUUUUUAAAAGAAGAAAAUUUCAACAAAUUGAAAGAUGGUUUAAUUAAUAGAAUUUCAAUUCAUACCACAACAAUUACAAAUUUCUUGAAAGAACAUCAGAAAAAAGAUGUUAGUAGAUUCAUUUUACUCGAUCACAUGGAUUGGAUGGUGGCAACACCAAAUAUUUUGGCUGAAGAAUGGCAACAAAUUUUGGAUAAUUCCACUGAAGAUUGUCGUUACAUUUGGAGAACCGUUUCGUCCAACUCGAUAUUUGUUGAUAAUAUCUCAAUAACAUAUAAAGGAAAAGCAACCACAGUAAAUCAAUUAAUAACAUACAAAAAAAGUUUAGCAACUAAAUUACACAAAGUUGAUAGAGUGCAUAGUUAUAAUGCAUUUUUUAUUGCUCAUCUUCAUCAUUGA